AUGAACGACCUCAAGCGCAAGCGCAGUCCGUCCCACGACCAGCUGCAUCCGCCGCUGCACAAAGCGGCCAAGACCCACAACCACCUGCAGAUCAACUAUCUCGCCCGCCACUGCAACGACGACCUGCCGCUGAUUACCAACGACGACACGCUGCCGAACAUCCUCACGCUUCUGAAUGACUACCAGGGCGUACUCGACCGCCAUGAGUCCAUGGCCUGCAACCUCGGUGCCCGUCCGCUCGGCCCAAUCCUGAUCAAGCGAUUUGAGAGGUUGUUCGACGGGCCGCCACGAGUGCUUAAGUCGCAUGGAAAAGAUGGGACGACAGUAUCGUGGCUCGACGUCGUCGAAUUCGCCCGCAACAAAUCCGAGCAAUUCCAACUGGGCCAGAUGAGCGAAGGCGUCCGCGUCUGCCAGUUCUACACCAAGCAAUGCCGCGUGCAGAUCUCCGAGGAAGACUUUGUCUUGAUAUCGUCGGGAAUCCCGCAAAAGAUGAUCCCGCCGCAGCCAAUCACUGAAGACGAGGAGAAAGAGUUGGGAACAUUGGAGAUACUGGAGAAGAACCUGGCGCAGAUAUGUCAAUUGGCGGACCAAGUCGCUGCGCGAACAAGACAGCUCAACCACCGCCUCAAAGGCCGCAAGCAAGCAAUACUAGACCGAAGAGCAACUGCCAGCCCUGUGCCUCCAAUCCGUGCCACAAGCCCCUCCAACGUCGCCUUAAUGAACGGCGCAGCCCAAGCUGCCAGCACCACACUCGCCAGCCUCCUCUCCCAACCCUCCCAAGGCUUCGUGGCUGUCAAUUCUCGCCCCCCAGCCGACCAAAACGGCUCCAACGCCGAAUCCUCCCGCAGCGGCGCCUCCACAACAACCCGCCAAGACCUCCUAAACAAGUUCUUCACUCUCAGCGACCGCCGGCCCUCCUCUCAACCCUCAAACGGCGACGCCCGCCGCGCAUCCUCCGGCCCUCAACAGCCCUCCUCCCAUCCCACAACCCCUUCCCAGGCACCGAAACCCACAAUCAAAGCCAGCAGCUCCCAACCCCCUUCCGUAACCCCCUCCGCCACCAUCCCACCCGCCAGCCAGAUGACCGACGCCGAAAUCGCCCAACUCCUCCUCCAGAACAACUCCCCCGUCCCGAUCCCCGGCACCCCCGCCUCGCUCCUCCCCGCGCCCACACCCCGCGGCGCGCCCCCGACGGAGAAGGACGACGGCGGCCCGUUCAAGGCCGAGAUGGUGCACCGCAUGGAAACACUCGCCAAGGGCGAACGCAUCCUGCCCCCCUGCGACCGCUGCCGGCGGCUGCACAUGGACUGCCUCAAGAACCUGACCGCGUGCAUGGGCUGCACGAAGAAGCACGCGAAGUGCAGCUGGAAGGAGGUGCGCGAAGGGGAGCUCCACGGGAUGGGGCUCGGGCUGGGGUUGAGUGUUGGUUCCGGCGGGUCUGGCGUCGGGAUGAGCGGCGGCGGCGGUGGUGUGGCGAGCGAAGACGAGGGGUUCGAGGCGGCGAGUACGGGAAGUGCGCCGAGGGAACAGCGGUAUUCAGGGAGUCCGGGGCGCUUGGGGAGCGAGGAGGAGAGGGAGGGGAAGCGAGUAAGGGAGCAGUUGCAGGAGGCGGCGAAGGCGAGCAUGGCGCAGGCGAAGCUGGAUCAGCAGCGGAGUUUGCAGAUUGAGCGGGAACGAGAGUUAGAGCGGGAGCGGGAGCGGGAGAGCGGAGGGCGUGAACGAGAAGGGGUUGGGUAUCAAGCUAUGGUUGCUUGAUGGCAUUGUUAUCGAUAUACCUGUGAGACGAGAAGCGUGCGCAAGUUGGGGGAGCGGGGGGGUUCAAGGUGUCUGAUUAUGUUCUGGGGAUGGUGUUUAUGACGGUUCAUUUGCGAGAUAUCCUCCCACAGCUAGCUAAGGUUAGCGAGUCUGUAUUGCGCUGUUUUUUCUUGAUACCUAGUCAUAUUCUUGUCCAUUAUUUUUCUUCCGCGAUAUCUUUGGCGCCUGGUGGUCGGCUGCCUGGGGUGCUUGUUGGGGCAUAGUGGGUACAAAAGGGUGCGGGAUUAGUUAGGGCCCUUCCCUUGCUAAGAGGUACAUAGAGAUGUUUAUACCCACUCGCUUGCCAAUUGCCUUUCAGUUUCCACCCUUCUUUUUUUCUAGUUCGUUUUACAUGUAUACAUUGAAAAUACAGUACUAGAAACAACAAGCUUAGACACGCCGUCCUUUCCUAUCUCGUUCCGAUGUAUAAUGAGGUGCUAAAGCACCACAAAUAG